CCUGCCGGUCUAAAAUUGCGCCUGCGCGCGACUCCUCUUCCUCUCUGGGCUUGGACCUAGGUGGCGGCGCUAUGGCGAAACGCACCAAGAAGGUCGGGAUCGUGGGUAAAUACGGGACCCGCUAUGGCGCCUCCCUGCGGAAGAUGGUGAAGAAGAUUGAAAUCAGCCAGCACGCCAAGUACACUUGCUCCUUCUGCGGCAAAACCAAGAUGAAGAGACGAGCCGUGGGGAUCUGGCACUGUGGCUCCUGCAUGAAGACAGUGGCUGGUGGUGCCUGGACAUACAACACCACUUCUGCCGUCACAGUGAAGUCUGCGAUCAGAAGACUGAAAGAAUUGAAAGACCAGUAGAGGUGCCAUAUGAGACAUCAGCAGCCUAUAAUAAAUGGGUUAAUUUAUAUAACAAAGUCGCCUUGGUUGUUUUAAUCAAACGCUGUGAUUUACAUUGCAUUAGUGCUGAGAUGGGUUACAAUCCAAUCUUUUCAGUAGUCAGUGGAGACAAUAAAGCCAUGAGAAUAUAUGAGCCUUA